CUUAGUAAAACUAUUUCCGCCUCGCCUGACGCUUGGCGGCCAUUUGCAGAUAAAAAAGUUCAUCGAAAUAAUUUAUCCAAUCAAGCAUUAGAAGCACUCACCUUAAGUAACGUGAAUACGAAAAUGAUGAUAAUCCUCCUGGAUGGAUGAGAGCAGUGUUAUAAAGACAGAAAUGGACGGAAUAGAGGCUGGGACCAGCAUUGGCAAUCAGCAGCUGAUCACUGUCCAAACACCAGGCGACAAUCGGCAACUCAUAUUGGUCAACUUCACCUCGCCUGAUGGAACAUUCACUGACAACAGCAGCAUUGUGACAACCACAGUGUGCGAUAGUGAGACCCAGACAGAGACUGUGUUUGGUCUCGAGGAUUUGCCAGUUGUUAAGGAGAUAGUGCGCAAAACAAUUGCCAAGGCACGUAAACAUGAGAGAGAGCAGAUGCAGACCCAACCAGUACCUGAUAUGUUGAAUAGAGCUGUGAAUGGCAUCUUUACAUGCCCUAUAUGCGCCAAAGUGUAUCGUAACAAGCUAAGUUGGCAGAAUCAUCUGGUCUCACACAAUGGGUCGGAGGUGUUCAUGUGUGGGGUCUGUGGACAGCUGUUCAAUGUGUACCUGACACUGAAGGCUCAUCUGGACGUCCAUUUCAAAGAGGAAAAGCAAAUCAAACGACAGAGAGACGUUGUUCCGGGCUCAGCAAACAUGAAGAUUGGUGGUGUGUACAUGCCUGGAGACGUUGUGCCUACGGACAGGAACGACAUAUCCACUUUACAGCAGGGCCUAGAUAGUACUGAGGCAAACCCUGACCUUCUUCACCAUGACAAUGUGCCCCUGGAUACGCCCACUAGCACUGAGUCAUACGUGGCAGCCACGGAAGAGGUUACUGAUAUGGUUGGCGAUACGGGAGAUGAUGAUGCAGGGGACCCAGAGGCAGAGGGCAGCUACGUGUAUGCCUGUAACAUCUGUGGGGAGCAGUACAUGGUCAAGGAAGACUGCGAGAGGCACCUCAAGGUGCACACAGGUGAAGAUGACAUUGAGGACUCCCCCUCCAGUGUUGAGGAGCCCAUGAAGCCUGAACCUAUGUCCCGCCCUGACCCUGUGCCCUCCCCCCAACCCCUGGAGCACCGCAUCACCAGCCCCAACAAGCCCAAGUUCAGCUCGUAUAUCUAUGCAUGCAAUGUGUGCGGGCGGCAGUAUACAAACAAGAGCAACUGCAAGCGGCACAUGAUGAUACAUACUGACGAUCGCAAGCUCUAUGAGUGUGAGUUCUGUUUGAAGAGAUUUUCUCAGAAGUAUGAGGUCCGCAUGCAUUCCAGGAUUCAUACUGGUGAGAAGCCAUACAGCUGUGCAGUGUGUGGCAAGACGUUCACAGAGCGAGGAAACUGGCGCAGACACACCCAGAUACACGUGAGACCCCAGGAGACCUCCCCCUACAGGUGUGGCAUCUGCUGCAAGGGUUUCUUCCAUGCUGAGAAACUACAGGUUCACCUGCAGAUCCAUAGUGGCCAGCGUCCGUUCGUGUGCACGGUGUGUGGACGCAAGGUGAAGAAGAUAGGCGAUAUGUACCGACACCUGAGAACCCAUACUGGAGAGAAACCUUACAAGUGUCAGGUGUGUGGCAAGGGGUUUGCCCAGAAUGGAAACCUGAAGGACCACAUGAAGAUCCAUACGGGGGAGAAGCCACAUAUCUGUGAACUCUGUGGCAAGGACUUUGCCAGGAAAAUACUGCUCAAAGAGCACAUCAAGCACCAUCAUAAGGGGGCCACCCUGCAGGACCUCACAGAGGCUGCCUUGGAGGAGAUUGAGAGACAGGAGGCAGCCAUGGAGUCUGCAGAGGCUUCUAACACCAUUGGCAACUCUGUCAUACACGAGAUAGUGGGCGGUAACAUCCCGAGAUUGAUACGGACAAGUGGAGGAGCUAAGACCAUUAUUAUAGGAGGACAUUCCGUCCAGACUGCUGAAGAGGCUCAAAUCCUACAGGAAGAGGAGGAAAUGGAACUCCAUGAAGUACAUAGCACCCUGACUGCCAAGGAGCUGGAGGCUGCUGAGGUGUUGACUGUGGUACAGGAUGGCCAGAACAUGGUGUACACCAUCACAACAAACAGCGAUGAGAUGAGACCCCUUGACGAUGGGUCUGCCGAACCUCAAUAUAUCACCGUCACGUCCAUGCCUGGCCAGGAAUCUACGGAAGUCCAGAACUCUUAGCAUCUAUGUGUGUUACCAGGAAUCCACUGGAGACCAUAACUUUAAGCAUCACUGCCUGGCCACAAAUCCACUAAAGACAGGUCCAAACUCAUAGCCUCUUUGUCUUGCAAUUAACUACUGAUAUCCAGAAAUCCUAACAUCAGUAUUUUUCCAUGAGUCCACAACUCUUUACAUCUGUAUGUUGCCAUAAAUACUCUGAUGUCAAUUAUCUGUCCUAGCCAUUUGUCCACUGAAUUCUAGGGCCUGUAUUCACCACUCCAUUCUUUGAAUCAGGAAAUAAAGCAUUUAAAGCAUUUGAAAAAAAAUGUUUUAAUAAUAAACAUGCUACCAGUAAAAUCUACAUUAAACAAAAUGAUCUUAAUGAGGAAAACUGUAAUAAGAUCUGGUCAAUACAAUUAUGGGUUAAUAUUCUUAAUUCUUAGAAUUAAGUCUUAGAAUUGGUUUGUACACAUAGGGCCCUGAACUCCCAACAUCUCCACUUCACUUCCUCGUUUUUAGCUCGGCUGUUUUUGGAGAAAACCCGAGGUAUUGUCAAAGCCAGCGCGUCGUCCGUGUCGUGCUAAAGCCUUGACAUUUGUCUCUACAAUCAAAGUGCUUCCACCUACAACUUUGAAACUUCAUAUGUAGAUGCACCUUGAUGAGUUCUACAUGCAACACGCAUUUUUGGGUCACUAGGUCAAAUUUCAUGGUCACUGUGACCUCAAAAAAAAAAAAAAUCUAACAAGCUUUCAUUUAUUCAAAACUGCAACUGCAGCCGAGCGUUGGCACCCGUUAUGCGGUGCUCUUGUUUGAAGUACAGCAACAUUUGCAAGCUUUUCUUUAAAACCAUUUGAAUAGUAAGAAUUAGUGCAGUUACUGUUGCACCAUUUACGGAAACAUCUAUUGAAUCAUGCUUUAUUUAAUCUGUCGCAUCAUCACAAACUUUCCAAAUAACUGCAAUAGGUUAUUGAAUCUGUUCAUUUCACUGUUAUUAUUACUUUUUUGCCUUGAUGAAUUGUUUUGUUUGCUUUUAUUGUCUUAAUGUUAAUUCUGAAUUCAAAACUUGUUUCAAACGUAACAUAUCUAUUGUUAUGUUUAUAAAUACUGGUUACUGUAUUAAUAUUGUUAAUUUUGGUAGCAUUAUCUAGGCAAAAUGUUAGUAAUUGAAAUAUGUCCAUGUUUAUAUUCGGUCAGAUGCCCCUAAAGUUGAAUAGGAUUUGGAUGUAAAACAGUAUACAUAAUGAUAUGUUUAAUUGUGUAAUUUAAACCAUUUUAAGUAGUUGUAUUCUUUGCAUAUUCUAACUCACAACAGAAUAUUUAGAUACAUUCCUUUCUCUGAACUGUAAUUAUGAUUGUUUGAGAUCAUUGAUGGAUUUGCAUGCAUACUUUUUGGUAUGGUUUAUGGUUUUACAAUACUGUAAGUGGUGAUUUCUUCAUGCUUUUUUCGAAAACUUUCACACUUUCCUGUACAAUAUUUGUCAGUGUUUGCAUGUUUGUCUUUCCUAAAAAAUGUACACACUUCUUGCAGAAAUUUGUAUCAUGUUUCAUAUCCUUAUUACUCUUUUGUGUUUGCUGUAAACGGUAUAAUGUUCAUUGAGGAUUUAAAUUAAAAAAAACAUUGUUGCAUUAAUAAUAUGUUUUUGUUAAAUGAAUUUGUACAAACAUGUUAAUGUGUUAAAUAUUGGAGCAGUUAAUCAUAUUCAUGUAAAUGAAUUGAAUUAUGAAUACAAUUACAGAAAGAACUGACUUAACCCUUUGAAUGCUGGGAAAUUUAUCUUUUGCUAAAAUGUCGUCUACUGAAUUUCUAAAAUUAGCAUUUUCUUCGAUUUUUUUCAAAGAAUACUAUCAGAAUAGCAAACAGUUUGGAUCCUGAUGAGACACCACAUUCUGUGGCGUCUCAUCUGGAUCCAAACGGUUUGCAAAGGCCUUCAAAAUUCGGUUCCCGCACUGAAAGGGUUAAAAACGUAUAGUUUGCUAGUAUGUUAUUGACCAUACAGGGAGAGGUUAUUGUUUUACUGACCUGCCCUGCACAAACACGUCUAUUUGAUGACGUUGCUUCACUGACCUAGAUAAAAACAACAUUGUUCUAAAUCCCAACGUUUGACUUUGCAUUCUCCAAAUGAGAAGUAAAAGAGUCCAUCUGCUU